AUGCCCCCCUUCUACCCCGGCUCUCAUGUGACAUCAUUCGACGCUUCUCCGCAUCUGGGCGCAUUUGGAGGCGAUACGUACCCACCUGUGACCUUAGCAAGCUCCAGCUUCGCUGUCCCGCACCCGUUCCCCCGUGCCAUGGCAGGCAGCGGCGACAGCUUUCCCCAGGUUACUACUACCACCACCACCACCACCACCACUUACCAGCGUACCAACAGUCCGUCCGCUGCCGCCGACGCUGCGCCUCCAAACGACCUCCUGCACGCCGACCUGCUUCCCGCUCUGUGA